AUGAUGAACGUACUCCGUUCUAUGUUCGGGGUGUGUAGCAGUUCCGCGGAAAAGGGUGAAGUACAUGAUAUGAUAAAGAAGGUAUUCGGCAGUGAGCUGGUGAUGAAAGAUAACACGGAUAAAAAUACACAAAGGAGCAAAUAUGUGAACUAUAUAAGUGAGAAUCUCUCCAAAACACUGGAUACAAAAGUAAACAGCUACAAGUUCAAAUCCACUAAGAAACAUAACAUAACUAUUACAACAGAGACAACAGAGUCAAAUGAUGAGAGACCAGGUAGAGUUGGACCUAAAUUAGUCGUAUUUGAUGCUUCUACAGGUACUGGUAGACUGGUUCUAGUUGGUGAUGAACGUGUCAGUAUACAGGGUCUGUCAAGUUUCGCAACAAUACGGGCUACCGCCUGCGUUUAUUCCGGGAAGUGGAUGUACGAAGUGCAACUCGGUACUAAGGGAAUUAUGCAGAUUGGUUGGUGCACAUCAUCUUGUACCUUCUCCAUGGACACAGGAGUGGGAGACACUGCUCAUUCAUACGCCUAUGAUGGUGGAAGGGUGAGAAAGUGGAAUGUGGCCACUUCCCAAUAUGGUCAAUCUUGGCUACCCGGAGACGUUAUUGGGUCAUGUAUAGAUUUGGACAAAGGAACCUUAGAAUAUUACAGAAAUGGUGUAUCUCUAGGUUUGGCGUUCGAUAAAGUCGCCCACGGCUCUGGUCUGGCCUACUUCCCGGCUGUGUCGCUGGCUAUGCAGGAACACCUCUAUGCGAACUUUGGACACGUACCAUUUAUCUUCCCAAUCGAUGGAUUUUCCCCACUUCAAGCUCCUCCAAUUCGAGAAUGCAUCCGCGCAACUCUUUUAUUUAAAUCACUCGAUGCAUUACUUGAUGAACUCAAUAGGCUCUCGGAUCUAAAUCCACCGGUAACAGCUAAAAUUAGCAAAGCGAAAUCUGACUCCUCGAAAGCAGAAGUGGAGGUAGCUCUUCGUAUCCAUAGCUCGAACUCUAUAUACAGCCCCCGAGCCUCACCGCAUAGUAUGGUAGAAGCACAGAACACAGAAACUAAGAAGAUGUCGAAAAGAGCUUUUUUAAUGUCACUCGCACGUCUGAUAGUCGCAGAACUGGGGACGGUACUGCGUUUGACAUACGUAGUUGUAACAGAAUUGCUACCGAGGUUCAGAGGGACACUUGGUUUGAAGAACAGAGGAAUAAAUGUUGACCAAAGUGCUUUUGAAUUUUAUCUUAAGGCGAAGGAAGAUAAAUUUAACGGACUUUCCCAAAAGUUCUUGGCUCAGCCUCAACCUCGUCUUUGUGCUCUUUUGGAUUUACUUUGGACGUUUCUCGAAGAAGCAGCCCUGUGUGAUGUGUUGGAACAUUGUGUUGUAAGGGAGUGUUUGCUAUACGACCUUGUGUCACCGGAUAUGAACUUUACACAGCAGACGGAAGGCUUAUAUGUGCUGUGUGGUCUGAUGCAACAUCGAGAUACGAGGCAUCAUCUCGUCAAAUAUGUGUUCUUUAAUAAAAUAACGUUCGACAAUUUCCUAAACAUAAAAUGUCCAGACGAGACUGUACUACGAUCGAUCAUCCGAAAGCCCUGGUGGCAACGUCCUUUAUCUGUACAAGGAGAAACUGAUCCCCAAAUUGCUGAAAUAGCGGAGAAGGGUACGAAACAUUGCACAUUCGCACCAACUGGAACAGAUAGAAUAUCCACACCUCUCACGUUAUCUCGAGAUGAAACAACGUUAGAGGCUCAGUAUAAAGAAGAUUGUGACAAAAUUACAAAUGCGAUCGCUCCUUUAGAGCGUAUCCAGUUGGAGUUCCUGCUCAUGUUACUGGACAAUACAGAUGGGACAUCCAUGGUACCAUCUACAAGGAAAAUCUUCGUAGAAAAGUUUAGAAGAUAUAUAAUGGAUAAUUGUAUCUUGGAUAUGAGAUUAUUUAACGUGUCAAGAAACUCGCCAGCUAUUUCCUGGUGCUGUCAUGCUCGUCUUCUCACUGCUGUGCUACGUCUCUGGAAUGAAAAUCCUCUGAGCAAUCCGCACCUACCACCUCACAUACCGGCAAAGACGUUUAUAGAUGGUGAACUCGAUUUUUACAACGUCGAUCGUCUGGGAGGUGUCCUACCGUUCUUGGUCAGGACUUUACGGCAGGAUCUAGUUCAAGUCCUCGGUGAAGAUAAUCCAUUUAUACAAAGUUUUGAGCCAAAUUACAAUAGAGCUGGAGGAAUAGAUACUGGUGUGAGUGAUAUGGCAGCAGGCUCUCCAGGUCUAGCGACGUUACCCCAAGUUAUAUCAUCAAUGGCGCGAUUUAUGCAUCCUCCAAUGCCUCCGAUGGCAAACAGACCUACGGGUGAAACAGCAUUAGCUCUUAAAGUAACGAGGUCCACGAUGCCCGGCGCUGGGUGCAUUGAUAUUCGGACGGCUUACUUGAGACUCGUCGAUGGACUGUUAGCGUUGUACCAUGGAAUAGCUAUCAAACAUGCGGAAAAGCUGUGUGAGCUUCGUGAUAACCAACUCGACAUGGCCGAUUGUCUUCACGACAUAGAACAACGAAUUGUUGCAGUUUCGAAUGAACUUACAUCUGUUAAAGAUGCCAAUACUGAAUUGAAUGAAACAGAAAAAAUAAAACUACUGCUUACUGAGAAGAUGUUGAAUGAACUGGAAAGAUCAAAAGCUGUUUACGAGGAGAAGUUAGAAGCUAGCGCUCUCCAAAUGGCUUGGGUAAUCGGAGCGAUAUGGACGAAGCAGAGACAGCAAGAGUUGGCAAAGCACUUCACUGGUACUCUUCAUUCGUUACGCUUCGCUUCAGACCCUGACUAUGCUGCACAUGUUCAGGCUACAAGUAAAGAAAUACUACCUGGGAGGAGCUCAAUAUUAGGUGGAGCAAGUUAUGCUUCGUUGCAGCUGGAGUAUACUUCUAGUUCGGAUCAAAGUCCACAAACUCCAACUUCGAGGGCAGCCUCACCUCGCGUUUGUUCGAAUACGCAAAUUGAAAUGAACCCGAACAACAGUCCAGAAUUCACAGAAUCACUUUUCGCCUUCGUACCGGAGUACCACGUGGAUGCCAUGUUGGAGCUUUGUAAUACGUUGAGACUGUAUAUGCACCCAACGGUUCCCGUACAGCAAGUGUCAGAAUGGGAGGAACUGGUCGUAUCGUGUGCAGCAUUCCUGUGCUCAGAGUUUGCUGAUCCUCGUAUAGUACUGGCCAGUACUCGGGAAUCUCUCGUCCAGACCCUGGCGUCAUUUGCCACACAACCGGCUACUAUGCGAGCUAUUGAAAGAGUUCCUUUAAAACAGCAAAUGUGCAUGGUUGAGGAACUGGUACGGCCAUAUCAAAAUCGUGCGUGGGCUCAGUCGAAUUGGGUACUGGUUCGCUUCUGGCACGGUUCAGGGUUCGGGUUUCGGCAUCGACAAUGGCCACAUUUGGCUGCCAGGUACGGCGACAGGGAACCAACGGUAAACAAUUUGGGAGCAAAAGUCGAUGCAGGCUUAAUGAGCCAGUGUUUCGGGCCGUGCCCGUCGGAAGUAAUACAAGGACGGAUCAGGGACUACUUGACCGAUCACCAAAAGGAGGCUGCGUUAUUUUUGAACUCGCUCCUCAGCCAGCUGAACUGGGCCUUCUCCGAGUUCUUCACCAUGAUGCAAGAGAUGGACAGAGUCCAAAUAGACGCUCAUUUAGAACCACGUCACAUAAAGCUGUGUGCGACUUGCUUCGAUCUGUACCACGGCCUCGCGCGGGCCUUGGAGAUGACCCUCGCAUUAGUGCCGGAGCUAUUGACUAAGUCAGAAUCGAGUGAUAAUCAGAACGAACUCCUUUUGGGAAGAACGUGCCAGAUUCUAAUGGCGGUUGUAUCACGGAUCUGCGUCCGAGGGGGUGGCGGUGCUGGCUUUAGAAGACUCGUGGCGCGAGGUCUACCAGAUACAGAUCGAGUGCACUAUUACGUCGCAUUAGCACCAGUGGCCGGAUGUCUGAUUAGAAUACUAGAUCCAAAAUUACCAGAGGAGCACCUGAGCAAAGUUACCAAUGCUUUGCUAUCCGAGCCGCUGUUCCGCUUGGACGGACUCGAGUUUAUGCUGGAGAAAGAUAAAAAUAAACAUUUCUCCUUCUACAAAUUCCCAGACGACGUAAGCGCGCAAGAGUUAAAUUCGCUGGAAAAGUUAGUCGAGAGAUUGCGAGCGGCUCGUGACGCCCAAAUAACGACAAAGUCGCCGGGGUCCAGCGGGACGCAGUCGGACCUACUUUGUACGAUCUGCUACGCCAGACCUGCGGAUACUGCAUUUAUGCCGUGCGGACAUCACUCUUGCAGAGCAUGCAUAAUGCAACAUCUCCUGAACAGUAAGCAGUGUUUCUUUUGUAAAGCUGAAAUCGAUACUGUUCGAGAAAUUGAACCAAUUACCGCCUAA